AUGUCGAAACAGCCAAAGACUUUUCGAAGUCGAUCAUCCGAUCAUGUUCCGGUUGUUCCCACAAUGGUGAGCCAAUCGAAUGCGGUCGGAGUGAAAAGAAUUCACGUUUGGAGAAAUGCAGAUGUUUUCUUUCAAGGAAUUCAGGUUGUUGUAAACACGCAUCGAGUUCCUUCAAUUGAUGUCCUUUUGGAUGUAAUCAGUAGCCGAAUUGGUUUGAUAAAUGGCGCGAAAAAGUUGUAUACUACCAGUGGAACACUCAUCAAAGAUAUCAAUAAAAUUAAGGAUGGAGAGAACUACGUGGCUUCUAGUUCUCAUUUCACUCCAGCUGCUUAUGGAGGACAACAACAACAACAAGUGAUAAAGAAAAAGAAGAAACGAUCCAAAACAGUUCAAGGAAGAAAAACAGAACACAUUGAGCUGGGAGAAGAGAUCUCUAUUCCAUUGAAUGAACCAGUCGAACAUGAAAAAAAGAAAAAGAAGAAGAAGGUUGUCAAAAAGAAAGUGAGAGAUCAUUCCCCACAUCAUCUGGAUCGUGCAGCACAUCAUGGGUCCGAUGAAACUCUUGCUGAAACUGCGGAAGUCGAACUUCCAAGUGAGAUAGAAGAUUCAGAAGAAGAGGAAGACGAAAGGGACCAUCAUUAUCACCGAGACAAAACACCUGAUCAUCAUCGCCGUCCGUCGACAAAAGCUAGCGUUGGUCCAUCUAGAUCCACGAGUCGACGUGAAAGUAGAAGAGAUGUUCAUGAUCAUAAUGAGAAGAAAGACGAGGAUGGAGAGAAGAAGAACAAAGAUGAGAAAAGGAGGAAAUCGGUCAGUCGUCGUAAAUCUCAAUCUCAUCAUCAUGGACAACAACCCAAUUGGGGAGAUCUGUCUAGUUUCACAAAGAAUAUAGACUCUCUGCUUCGUAAUUAA